AUGGAAACUGCAUGUCUCUUGUUUAUAAAAACGGUCAAAUUUUGGUUAGCUUUCGAAGCCGUCACCUAAUUUAUUAUUUUAAAAAUAUUGACUAACUUUGAAUCUUAAAUUAUUCUUAACAUUUUUAUUGUGGCAUAAUUUUGUUAUUAGUAACUUUGUAAAAGCAUUUAUGCAAUGUAACAAGUUUUUUUUUGCAUGAAAUAUAUUUGUUGAUACUUGUACUGAGAAAGCAUAAUAUUUAAACAAUGAACUCUUUACCAAAAAAAUAUUUAUUUUGGUUUGCACACGAGCACAUUGAUUUCCGGGUUCCGGAAAUUAAUUCAAUAUUAAACUUAUUCAAAGUAGUACCCUCCAAAUUGAAGAUAUCGGAUAAAUCUACAGACCAUCCUUAUUGGAUUGUCGAAAGUGAUUGUGAGACAAUCAUCAAAAAAAUAGCCAGCAGAUCAGUAUCUUUAAAGUUUUGUAUGGAACUUUGGGCCCAAGCCUCUGAUCCUUCUAAAUUUCACGAAACGUUAAGGACACAUUCACAAGAAAAGAUACAAUACUACAAAAAUCGGGAUAAAUCUUUCAAAAUAAUCGUCGAAACUUUUUCUAAACAUAUUUCUCAAAAAGAAAAAGUUGAGAGAAUUGAAACGCUCAACUACCUGCCGUUUGAGGGACCAGUUAAGUUGAAUAACCCAGACAAUAGUUUUUAUUACAUUGAGUACUAUGGUACUAAUUCCAAUACUAUAGCUGAAACACCUGAAAAAUUAUUUUUCGGCAAAUGGAUAGCCAAUGGUCAGAGAGAUUUAAUUCAAAAGUUGUCAUUAAAAACCCGGAAAUUUAUUGGGACAACUUCUAUGGACCCUCAGCUUUCGCUUCUUAUGGCGAAUCAGGCGCAGGUUAAAAAUGGAGAUAUUAUAUUUGAUCCGUUUGUCGGAACAGGAUCUCUUCUAGUAGCUGCUGCACAAUUCGGUGGUUAUAUUUUAGGAGCUGACAUUGAUUUUAUGAUGCUGCAUGCACGAACUAGACCUACGAGAAUAACACAAAAAAUACGGAGCAGCGAUGAAAGUGUAGCUGCAAAUAUAAAACAAUAUGGCAAAAGUUCUUGUUACUUAGAUGUUGUUGUGUCAGAUUUUUCAAGAAGUAUGUGGAAACCACAGAUGCGAGUUGAUGUCAUCAUUACUGACCCACCUUAUGGGAUUCGAGAAGCAACGGAACGUAUUGGAAGUGCAAAAUCAAAUCCAAAUAUACAAGAAAAUCAAGUUGCAACUCAUAUACCAUCAAAAAUAAUUUAUAAUCUACCUCAUAUAUUUUACGACUUGUUAGAUUUUGCUGUUAGACAUUUGGUAGUGAAUGGCAGAUUAGUUUGUUGGUUUCCGGUCUACAGGGAUUACUAUUCCACGGAUCAAUUACCGUCACACCCUUGUUUAAAAAUGAUCGCUAACUCCGAACAAAUAUUGAGCAUCCAUUCAAGUCGGAGAUUAUUAACAUACGUAAAAAUAAGGGAACCAUGUGAAGAAGAUGUUGUAAAUACGUUAAAUAUGUUGGACUACAGAGAAAUGUAUUUUGCAUUUAAAAAUGAAACUCGCAAAGAAAGAAGAAUGAAGGAAGCGCUAGCGCGAGCGACAAAUAAGGCAGAGUGGGAGAAAAGAUGUAAAGAAAAUAAAAAAGAAAUGAAUGAGUGAUAUUACAACGAAGGAUACUAUUUUGCAUCAAUAAAUAAUGAAAAGUGACUGAAUUAUUUUGUGAAUAUUGAAACUUUUUAAUGAAUUGUCUACGAUCCGAACUAAAAUUGACCUUCACUGGGCUGAAAAAAUAAAGCUUAUUUUAUAAUAAAUUUAGUAUAUUAAAAAUAGGUUGGCUGAAAAAAUCCUGGAUAGAAUAUUUUAAAUUAUUUUUCGAAAAAUGAUUUUUUAUAAAAUUUUGCAACAUCAUGAUAAUAAGAAAAAUUUUAUCCUGAUUUAAAGUAUGAAACAUAGAAUGUGCAAACGUUGGGUUGUCUAUUAUUUACCUGGUGUGAGCAGGUGUGUUGGAAAUUUUUGAAUUGCCGCCUUCAAAAAUGGUAGAUGCGCUUGCGCUGAACUUGUCGUGAAAAGGCUUAUGCCCUAGACACUCUACCAAUAGAGCACGGUUUGCUUUAGCAAAAGUUUACUUACAAAAGUUUCCCUGAAUUUUUCGUCAAAUUUCCGUCAACCGGACUUUUCUAUUUUUGAUGACAAUUUACAUACAAUUUGCUAUUGAAUUUAACGUAAAUUUACUGCCCGAAUUAGAAUGCAAAUUGACUAGAAAAAAGUUGUCAAUUUCCAGGCAAAUUUCUUGUCAAUUUAUUGUUAAUUUGACUUGCAAAAUUGUUAAGUAUUUUUUUACCGUCAAAUUGUAGACAA